GUACCGUCACGAGCAGAACCACAGCGGCAUGAAGCAACAUUGGCGAAACCGUUGUUCAACCCGUCAACAGUAACCGGUCUCCGUAGACCAGCUGAUUAACACGCGUUCGAGCGGGGGUUUUAGAUCCAGCGCGCGCCAGAGGGAGAAGUUUGAUCACUGUGACGGGUGGAGGUGAACGGGACACCAGCAGCGAGCAUGGCGGAGAGAAGUGGCCGGUUGAGCUUCCCAGGGAGCGGGGCGCUUAACAGACCGGUGCCAAUGAACCUGUUCGCCACCUGGGAGAUUGACGGCUCCUCACCCAACUGCAUCCCCAGGUUGUGUAGUCUGACUCUGAAGAAGCUGGUUGUGAUGAAAGAACUUGAUAAGGAGCUGAUUUCUGUUGUCAUUGCGGUUAAGAUUCAGGGCUCCAAGCGAAUCCUGCGUUCUCAUGAGAUAGUGCUGCCCCCUGCUGGUGGGGUUGAGACUGAGCUUGCUCUCACAUUCUCACUGCAGUACCCUCAUUUUCUGAAGAGAGAGGGAAAUAAGUUGCAAAUCCUGCUUCAGAGGAGGAAGAGGUACAAAAACCGAACAAUUCUGGGUUACAAGACAUUAGCAGCUGGUUCAAUAGACAUGGCUGAGGUGAUGCAGCAUCCUGAAGAGGGUGGGCAGGUCUUGGCUCUAUGCAGUAAUCAGAAAGAGCUUCUGGGUAAAGUUGCAGAGAUUUGGAUCUAUUCACUGUCAAGUCAGCCAAUAGACCACGAGGAAGCUGCAAUUUUGGGACAGAAAAUCAAAUGUUCAGAUAAUUACUCAGAGGAAGAGUAUGAAAGCUUCUCAUCAGAGCAGGAGGCCAGUGAUGAUGCAGCACAUGGACAGGAUCUUGAGGACGAUGAGUAUGAGAUAAGGAAACCAAAAAAGCAGAGGAGGUCUAUAGUCCGGACAGCAUCCAUCACCAGGCAGCAGAACUUUAAGCAGCGUGUGGUGGCAUUGCUCAAACGCUUUAGAGUUUCUGACGAGGUGUUGGACUCGGAGCAGGACCCAGCCGAGCCACCUCCAGAGGUGGAGGAAGAUCUGGAUCUGGAGAGUUUGGAGUUUGAGAAUCCGAGUGACAGUGGACCAGAUCUGGAUGAUGAUGAAAGUGUUCUUAGCACCCCAAAACCCAAACUCAAGCCGUAUUUCGAAGGAAUUUCUCUCUCUAGUUCUCAAACAGAGAUUGGCAGCAUUCACAGCGUCCGCAGUCACAGAGAGCCACCCAGUCCGAUGGAUCCUGAUAAAAUGAGAUCUGUAGGUGGGAAGUUUCAGAUAGAUAAUGGAUCGGAUAAUGUUUCACUGGGUCAACCUGAGGUUGUUACCCCUACAACAGAGUUGGAGAUGAUGGACAACAUGGACUCUUUCAUGGAGAGGCUGCCUCCUUUAGGCAGGAUGACCAAAACGGAGUCACUUAUCAUUCCGUCUAACCGGGUGGAGCCGAAGUUGGCAGGGCGACGGGGGCGGAGCACAUCUCUUAAGGAGAGGCAGCCCAGUCGACCGCCCAAUGAGAGAGCCAACAGUCUGGACAAUGAGCGCUCACUUGACACACGCUGCAACCUACAGAUUCCUCGCAAAACUGUUUACGACCAGCUGAACUACAUCCUGGUGUCAGACAGCCAUCUGCCUGACAGCAUCAUCCUUAUUAACACCUCUGACUGGCAGGGCCAGUAUGUAUCUGAGGUGUUACAGAAUCACGAUCUUCCCGUUGUGUGUACGUGCACCACGGCUGACAUUCAGGCUGCAUUCAGCACCAUCAUCUCUCGCAUACAAAGAUUUUGUAACAGUAACUCGGUCACUCCAUCUCCAGUGCGGAUCGGAGUGGCAGGACCUCAACAUUACCUGUCUGCUGUUUUGCGUUUGUUUGUGGAUCACCUGACACAUAAAACCCCCGACUGGCUCGGAUACCUGCGAUUCCUUAUCAUCCCUCUUGGUGUUCAUCCAGUGGCUAAAUAUCUGGCUAGUAUAGACUACAGAUAUAACAGUCUGUUCCAGGACUCUGCAUGGAGAGAUCUUUUCCACAAACCUGAAGCACCAACCUCCGUUCAGGAUAGUCCAGAUGUCGUUUCCAGGGUAACACAGUACAUGUUGGGGGCAAAUGGAGCUCAUCAGUUGCCCAUAGCAGAAGCCAUGCUUACUUACAAGCAGAAGAGGAAAAAGAGCUUUCAUUUUGAUUUUGCAGUAAGUCCUGAUGAAGACUCAUGUCAGAAGUUCAUCCCUUUUAUCGGGGUGGUGAAAGUGGGGAUUGUUGAACAAACUUCUGCCACUUCUGGUGAUUCAGACGAUGCUGCUCCUGUGGGCUCUGCUCUUCUCUCCUCUACACCUCCUUCACAGAUCUCCCCAUUACUGAAAGAAGCAUCUCCAACACCUCCCUCUUCUCCCUCUGUACACUUGAUCAGUUCUCCUGGUGGAGGCCAGGGGGAGCUAAUGGGACUUCAGGUUGAUUACUGGAUUGCUCCAACAGAGAGAAAGAAGGAAGUGGAGAAGAAAGACCCCUCUGCCAAAACCACACUCAAGUGCACCUUCCGCUCACUGCAGGUUAGCCGCCUCCCACUGGGUGGGGCAGAGGUGACUCAUCAGCCAAUCAUGUCCAUGACUGUUGUCACCAAAGAGAAGAAUAAGAAGGUGAUUUUUCUGCCUAAAAAGACCAAGGAUAAGGAGGCAGAGUCUAAGAGUCAGGUGAUAGAGGGCAUAAGUCGACUCAUUUGCACAGCCAAACACCAGCAGACCAUGCUUAAAGUGUUGAUAGAUGGAGUAGAAUGGAAUGAUGUGAAGUUUUUCCAGCUCGCAGCUCAGUGGUCAUCUCACGUCAAACAUUUUCCCCUUGCCGUUUUCGGACCCUCCAAAGGGCCUUACUGACCUACAGCCACACAUCUUCACCUCUUUGUGCUACAGCUGCCUUUACACCCAGUGCUGCCUGAUAUGUUUUAUUUAUUGUAAAUAUCUGCUUUCUCAUGGUUUGCGUCAGCUUUUUUAAAUUACUUUGACAUUGAUUUUUCUUUUAUGAAAGACUUGAUGUGGUUUUGGCAACAGGGCAUAUUUUUGAACUUUUAAAACCAUCCAGUGUUUAUAGAGAAACGAAGAUGUGAUGAGGAGGGCAUGGCCAGGCCGUGAUGAUGCACGGCCAGCACUGAAUCAAUGGAAGAGCGAGAUAAAGGGGAGAUGGAUGCGCCAGUUCGAGAGAGAGAGAGAGACGCACGCGGCCGCGUUGCAUGUGUCUGUGUUUAUGUUUGUUGAGUUUCUUAUUCAGCUUUGUUUACUGUUCAGCCGGUUCCUGCCUCCUCCUUGCCCGUCCUUUAUCUGUAACAGUCCUCGGCCGUCUUCUCGAACAGAUCGAGGUAGGCCUCCAGAUCGUCAGCAGGGCUCAUUUUAACCAGAGUGACCGGUGAGAUGUUUGGUGUGGGCUCCAGGGGUCACAGCUGCAGCCUCCUCAUGUGUGAUCAUGCUCCAAAAUGCCUGGCAGUCUUCCGCUUGGGCCUGGAGCAGGAGUUGAAAACACUGCUCCUGCUCCAGCCGCAGCUCGACAAGGGCCUGGUGUUGAUUCCGUUGGAUGCCGGCGAGGGUCUGGAUCACUUCAGCCAGUGGUGAAGUCUGCAUGAUGACGUAAUUCCUUCCACGGGCUCCCGGGUUUCGGCACCAAUGUAACUGUUCAAGGACGGGCAAGGAGGCAGCGGGAACUGGCUGAACAGUAAACAAUGUUUAAUGAGAAACUCAACAACAAACAUAAACAACGCGGCCGCGUGCAUCUCUCUCUCUCUCAAACUAGCGCCUCCGGCUCCCCUUUAUCUCGCUGAUCAGCCGAUUCAGUGCCGGCCAUUCAUCAUGGCCCAGCCACGCCCUCCUCCUUGUCACAUUAGACUAAUUAACUGAUUAACUUGUGAGUUAUUGGGUUGUUUGUGUUAUUCUACAAAGCUUUCUCAACACAUCCCAGCAUCAUUUCAACAGCCGGCGCACUCAUGAGAGAGCUAAUCAGCAAGAGGAGAAUGGUGCAUUCUUGAUCUGGAUUAAAUAUUUGGUCAUGUGAAGUUCCUAUGGGAUGUCUUGGCUUUGUUCUUGAAGACUUCAGAAUGUACAGCUCCUGGAAACAGUAGAAGAAAAUCAUUCUUUAUCAGUAUUUUUGUCUUGUUUUCCGAUAAAAAUAUUGAAAUAUCCUUUUAAGAUAAAUUUACUUGAAGCAAAAUUGUGUAAGAUAUUAAGACUUGUUUUCAGAGAAUAUAUAUUGAAUUUUGAAUUGAAGUUUGUUUUUGUUACCCCAUUGGCAAAUUAUUUUUUGUUCUUGUUUUAAGGAUAAAUGUCUCAAAAUGUUGUUAGAUUUAUGCAUAAAACAUGAAAAAAAUAUUUGCCAAUGGGAUAAGAAAAAUAAACCUAUUUUAAAAUAAGUUCUCUUGCAAUUUUUAUGCAGUUUUGCUCAAGUAAAUGUAUCUUUUUUUAAAAGGAUAUUUAGAUAUUCCACAGGAAAAAAGAAAACUAAGAACAUUUUCUCAUUAAGAAAAUUAUUUUGCAGUGUAAAAACCUGAUGUUCUGUUCUCUUCUGUCCUCUCCCUCACUGUAUAACCUCAGCAAGCUCAGAGAGUAUCUUAAAGGUUAUUGUUUUUUUGCUGCACACUCUCCCUUUUUAUGUGUGGUUUACUUUUUUCUGUAGGUGUGUGUGAAUGUAUUUGCUGAUGGUACUGAAUGCUAAAGCACUUUUAAAACAUUACUAGAUUGUGCUUUUGUUAUAAUCCUUCCUGUGGUGCACAGCGCUGUUCACUCCAGCUUAAAACUGCAGCAAAGCAGGAACUGACAGAAACUGGAUUGAGUAUCUGUGACUGUCUACAUUAGACUGACCACUGUCAUACUGUGUGCUGCACUCUUUUAUGUAACCGUUUCUUAGAAUGAAAUGUAUGUUUUAUUUUGUUUGUUGGCUUGUUUUAGAUAUUCGAUGUUUUCCCCAGAUGCAGUAUUUGAUUUUAGAAUUUUGUGCCUAAAACUUUAUCUCCUGAGACCAGGAGAAUCAUUAGAAAAGUGAGUCUCACAAAACAUGUCAAGAACAUCUCCAGGUCAUAUUUCACCCCUAAAAUCAAAAGGAACAAAUAAGAGAUUAUAUUUGUAUUAAAUAAAAUGAAACCCAUUUUUAGGACUAUUAAGACUGUAUGCAUUGAUAUUAUUUUCAUGACAGUUCAGUACAUUUCCCCCAAUUCUCAUUCUCUUUAAUGUAAAGAAAAAUAUAUAUUUAAAUGUGGUUUAAAUUAUAUAUAUAUAUAUAUAUAUAUAUA